UUCUCGACGUAAACCAAAAAAAAAGAAAAAAAAAGUGGAUCAAGGGUCUGCAAAUCCACUGAUCUCGCUUAGAAAACUUGCAACGAACCCGCUGCCAGGUCCAUUAUGCACUCGUUCAAGCUGCUCAAGCGCCGCAUAACCGAGAUGUUCCACUCACUGGAAGAGUCGAUACCUUCCAUGCCCUCGCUAGGCGGGCAUGGCAGGAGCAGCGCCAUGAAGGGGACUUGGGAGAAGCUCCAGAUCCCCCCGCUUCCCCGGUCGUCCCAUUCGGCUGACAUCGUCGGCGGCACACUCUACAUUUUCGGCGGCGAGGUCGAGCCCCGGCGCCCGGUCGACAACGACAUGCACGCCAUCACGCUGCCCUCGAGCGGCGCCCAGGCCGACUACUACGCCAUCGAGGCCAAACCUGCCAAGCCCGCAGCUCGCCCCGGCGCCGAGAAGCCCGUCAUUCCUAUUGUGAAAGAGCCCGAGCCCGAGGCCGCGGACGGAGAAGAGCCGGCCAAGGGAGCCGGGGCCGGAGCCGGGACCGGGACCCCCGACGACAAGGAGCUCUCGGAAGUCCCGCUCACCACUCCAUCCCCCGAGGCCGGUCUGGGCGGCGACGGCGGCGGCAGCGGCGACAGCAUCAUCUCUCCCGCUUCGCGCCCCGACCUCCCGGACGUCCCACCUCCGCGCGUCGGGCACGCGACCGCCGUGAUCGGCCACCGCAUCUUCCUCUUCGGCGGCCGCGGGGGCCCCGACAUGACCCCGCUCGACGAAGGCGGCCGCGUCUGGGUGUUCGACACGCGCACCCACCUCUGGUCCUUCCUCGACCCCCGGCCAGCCGCCGCCAACCUCCCGGACAUCCCGCGUCCGGCCCCGCGGAGCUACCACUCAGCCGCUGCCACCCCAAAGCCCGACACCUUCUCCGCCAAGCCCCCGGCCCACUCCCACAGCAACAACAACAAGACGGAAGCAUGGCGGGACUGGGCCCUCGGCACCUCGGCCGAGGCCGAGCGCACGCUCGGCACCCCGCAGCGGCCCGUGGUGGGCGUGCUGGCGGAGCGCGCCACGGACCCCGAGGACGACGGGUACGGCACCUUCAUCAUCCACGGCGGCUGCCUGGCGCCGUCCGCGCCCGGCGCGCCCACGGAGCGCGCCUCCGAUGUCUGGGCCUUCGACGUGCGCUCUCGCGUGUGGCAGCGGCUGCCCGACGCCCCGGGCGCCCCCCGCGGCGGCGCCGCCCUGGCCAUCAGCCGCGGCCGGCUGUACCGCUUCGGCGGCUUCAACGGCGCGUCGCAGGAGGGCGGCCAGCUCGACUUCCUGGAGCUCGGCGUCGACGUCUUCGACGACCAGGUCAGCCGCGGCGAGGCGGUGCUGUGCGCCCGCGGCGGGUGGAAGAGCCUGCUCUUCGGCAAGGAGGACGUCGGCUACGACGACGAGGAGGCGGGUACGGGAGCGCGCUGGCCCGGCAGUAGGAGCGUGGCCGGGCUCGAGGCCGUCACGGUCGGCGGCGGGCGCGAGUACCUCGUGCUGGUGUUCGGCGAGCGCGAGGCGUCGGGCGUGGGCCACGCGGCCGCCGGGCGGUUCUGGGAUGACGUCUGGGCCUUUCAGGUGCCGCCCGAGGACAUGUCGCUCGCCAGCGUGGCCGACACGGCCCUCUCGGUCGUCGGCAGGAAGAGCGGCGAGGGCACGUGGACGAGGGUCCAGCUGGGCCCGCACGACGACGAGGACGACGCCUCGGCUGACGGUCCCGGGCCCAGGGGCUGGAUCGCCACCGCACCCAUGGGCGAGCUCGAGGAGAACGGCAUCGUCGUGUUUGGCGGCCUCGACGAGCGGAACCGCCGGCUUGGCGACGGCUGGAUCCUACGACUGGACUGAAAAAAAAAGCUCCUCGCGCGCGCGGUCAGCAGAGAUUUUUGGGCCCCGGCUUUUUUUUUCCCUCUUCUAAAUGACCGACUAUGCGUGUUUGGCGGGAUAAGUACGUUGAUUAAUAUGGCUACGCGGACGUUGGCGGCCGAAGGGCUUUUGAUUUGCUAUGCGAAAUGCAACUGAGGACGGGGAGUUUGGGGGGCGGCGUCUCGUCCAUCGCCAGGGAACAGCAACCUGUUUUCCUUUUAUUUUGUGUACUACCGAGAGAGUUAGCCCCGGAAUAUUAAAUAAGUCUUGAAUUCGGGCCGUCGUGUGAAAAGACCCGUCAUGUUCAUCACUGCA